UCGAACAAUUUUUAUAAUUUGCGCAAAAAUUGAAUAAAAGUUGGUAGACGGGAAACGUUCGUAGAAAAGUUAAUAAAUUGCAAUUAAAAGUGUUGAAGAAAAGGGUAUAUUUUCGGAAUAAUUAUGGAUUUUCUCGAUUCAAUUCUGAACGCAAUGGACGCGCCCCCCAACACAGGUGAGCAGCAAAAGCAGCGCAAGGACAUGGAGCGCAUGAAGAACAAGCAGCGCGAGGAGCUGGCACGUUUCCGCAGCUAUGUGCAGGAGCGCAUGGGACGCUUUGCCAAGGACGGCAGGACCAGCAUGGAGUUCCAGCCCUUUGACCGAAUUCAUCGAACCAUCAUACAGGAAGCGGCUGAAUAUGGUGGUUUUAUGGCGAUGAGCUUUGGUCGGGGCGAGGAUAUACGACAGUCAGUCGUCUACAAGAAGGAACAUCCGCCUGACGCUGAUGAGCUGUUCGCCCGUCGCAAAGGUGAGGGCUGGAACAAGGAGAUAGCCAGGCAGUAUGCGGAGCUACGCAAGGAUCGAUCCAAGCAGGAGCAGGACAGGAGCGAGCAGCAAGCCCCAGCUGGUGCAUCUUCUGCUAAUCCAGCCGAUGCACUUCCCGCACCAACUGCUGCACCAGCUGCAACUGCUCCAGCUCCAGCUGCAGCAACUGCUGCCCAAGCUGAACCAAGCAAAUCCUCUGGACCUACUCCCAGCGCCAGGGAUCACUCAAAUCUCGUAAGCAAACCAGUUGUCAGCUAUCGGGCCAAGUAUGCCCAUCUCAUUGCCGAGCCAGCCACUCUGCAAUCGGUACGCGAGACGUCCACCAACCAUAGCUAUGGUUUUGUGCCCAGCCGAUUCAAGAGGGACAAUCGUUCCAUUGAGCAGACCUUGGCUGACAUACAGGCCAGAAAGCGGCUGCGAAUGCAACAGGGGCAGGAGCAGCAACAACGGAGGCAGCAACAACCCCACCAGCAGCCCGUGCAGGCACAGCAGCGGAAGAUGAAGGAGCCAUCAAUGCAGGAGGACAUAAGGCUGGCGAUAGGUCAGGAGCCGUCGCUGGAGCCGGAGGAUCUGAGUCUCGAGCAGCCCGUGCUAGAGUUAAAGAAACCGAGUCCUGAGGAGCAACAAAAGCUGGUGAAGAAGCGAAAGGUUGAAGAGCCACGGAUACAGGAGCUCGCAUUGAGCGACGACUCGUCGGAGGAGGAGCAGCAGCUCGAGCAGCUCGAGCUGCUUAACCGGAAGGUUGUCAAAGUUCCAGCAGUAAAAGAGCAUGGGUCGAAUGAAGACUGUUCAGAGAAAAAAGAGGUCGGGCUGAGAGAGGACUCGUCGGAAGACUCUCAGGAGAUAACAGAUCGUGGACAGAUAAAGGAGCUCACUUCAAGUGAAGACUCGUCGGGGAAACAGCUUCAGCAAACGUUUGAGGAGUUUGCAUUCGGUAAGGAUUCGUUGGAGCUGGUGAAACAGAAGGGUAAUUCUUUGGAGAAGCAGCAAAAGCGGAAGAAGAAAAAGAAAAAGCUUGACCUAGUGCCAGGAGUAAAGGACCUCGCGAUGGGUAAGGACUCGUCGGAAGAGCAGCCCAAGAAGCAACAGAAGGUGAAACGGAAGGUUGAGAAUGUUGCAGGGGUGAGAAAUUCGUCGGAGAACCAUUAUCCAGAUUCGGAAGAGACAAGUAGACUUGCGCUUAGUGAGGACUCGUCGAAGGAGUUGCAGUUCGAGCAGGAAAAUCGAGUAAUGGGACAGGAGAUCAACUAUCUGGGUGUGAAUCGGGUAAAAGAGAUUGCGCUGAGCGAGGACUCAUCAGAGGAGCAGCAGAUAUAUUAUCCAGAUCUGAAACAAGUAAGGCAGCUCGCGUUGAGUAAAGGUCCUUCGGAAGUUCACCUAAAAGGUAAGAACUCGUCGGAGAAGCAGCUCAAGCUGAAAAAAGAGGCUAAACGAAAGGUCGGAGAAGUGACACCGGUAAGGAAACUCGUUCCGAGUGAAGACUCCUCCGAGGAGGAGCUGCUCGAGACACAGAAGUUGGAGGAAGGGCAGCACCAAGCAGAGGAGCUCGCGUUGAGGAAGGACUCAUCGCAGGAGCAGCGCACGCUGCAAAAUUUAAUGGAGAAGAGGCAGGAGAUAAUAGAACCUGAACAGAUAGAUGAGCUCGCGUUACGUGAAGACUUGUCAAAAAAGCGGCUUAAGCAACAAAAGCUGGCGAAACGGAAAGUUAAGAAAGUGUCAAGGCUAAAAGAGAUCGCGUUAGGUAAGGAAUCUUCGGAGAAGAAAAAGCUGGUAGACCAGGCAGCGAAUUUGUCAAGGACAAAUGAGCUCGCGCUGAGUGAAGUCUCGUCGGAGGAGGAGCAUCUAGAGCCACAAAAUCUUGUUAAGGGGCAGGCGAUUAAUUAUCCGGAUCUGAGGCAGGAAAAGGCGCUUGUGCUUAGCGAAGAGUCGUCAGAGGAAGAGCAGCAAAAUCUAGUGGAGAAACGGCAGGACAUAAACUAUCUAGAUCUGAAAAACGGAAAGGAUCUCGCGUUGAGUGAAGACUCGUCGGAAGAGGAGCAAGUCGAGCAGCAAAAACUUUUCGACCGGGAGCUUGAGAGAGUGCACCGAGAUAAAGAGCUCGCGUGGAGUGAGGAGUCGGAGGAUCAGCAGAUCAAGAAUAGACAGGAGAUUAAGGAUUCUCGACUGAUAGGGAAGCUCGCAUCGAGUAGAGAUUCGAGGAAUAUCGAAGCUCAAAAGCUGUUAAUGAAUCGAGAAAUAAUGGAGGGCGCACAGAUAAGGGAGCUUGCGCCGAGCGAGGAUUCGUCGGAAGAGGAACAGAUGGAGCCAAAACUAAAGCGGCAGGAGAUAAACUAUCCAGUCCUCAAACAGGUCGAAGAACUUGCGCUGAGCGAGGACUCCUCGGAAGAAGAGCAGCUCGAGUCACAAAAGCAAGUGCAUAGGCGGGAGAUAGCUUAUCCGGAAAAGCUUGCGCCGAGUGAGGACUCGUCGCGGGAGUUGGAAGAGGAGAUGCUCCAGAUUCAAAACCAGAAGUGGAUGGUAGGGCCUGCAGGAGGAAGCGAGCUCGAGUUGAGCGAGGAAUCAUCACUGGAGUCGGAUUAGGAACUACUGAAGUAGGUGGAGGAAGUGACACCAGUGAGGGAGUGCAUCCCAAAAAGAUCUGGUGAAUCUGCUGGAGGAAGUGCAGCACCAGGGCAGCACCGAGAAACCAAAGAUAGUCUAACAUAACACAAAUUUGUCCUCAAACACAAAGUA